AUGUCCCUGCUUAUGAAUAGAGGAGAUAAGAUGUCUAAGGUUGGAGUGUUAUUGGAAGGCAACAAGACUGAAGGCAGGGAGACCAGACAGGAGGCUCUUGCAAUUUUUUCCAGGCAAGAAGUGACAGUGGAUAAUGACAGUAAACAAGGAGAAAAAUAUUUAAGUGUCAAAUCAAUAAAAUGUGGCAACUUAUUGAAUACAGGUGUGGAUGGUUAUAAACUGCAAGCACAGGUUCACAUUGGUGGGAAAGGAACAGCUUGCCAAAAGAAGGUGGUUCAGAGAACAGCUACAGCAGAUAAAAAAAAAAAAAAAAACCUUCAGUUCUCCUUAAAGAAGUUAAGGGUAAACAAUACCUCUGGUAUUGAAGAACUAAAUAUGUUCACAAACCAAGGAACAGUAAUCCACUUUAACAACCCUAAAGUUCAGGCAUUGCGGGCAAUGAAUACUUUUAUUAUUACAGGCCAUACUCAGAUAAAGCAGCUUACAGAAAUGCUUCCCAGUAUCUUAAACCAACUUUAUGCAAACAGUCUGACUAGUUUCAGAAGACUGGCUGACUCUCUGCCCAAACAAUCUUUGGAUGAAAAGGCACAACUUGCUACCAGAAAGGUGGAUGAUGAUGAAAUUCUAGAUCUUGUGUACAAUUUUGAUGAAGCUUCAAAGAAUGAAGCAAAGUGA